CUUAUUCGUUCAGUCUUGUGGUGGUGUGCAAGGUGUUCGUGUGUGCCUCACUCACCCCCGCCCACGCACUUGGGACUAAUAACUAUCUAUUACUAUUACAUAAUAAAAGUGUUAAUUACCGGAGUGAUCGGUUUGUGAAAUCUUUAGAAAGGUUGAUCAUUGGUCUGUAGAAUGAACUACGCAACGCACUACACCCAGUGUAGGUGAAGUGGCAACAGACAAGUGAGGGCUCGUCUCACUGCCACUACUCCCUCACCCAGUACACACUUCCAAAAUUUAGUUAACGGCGUUCUACACAAAGGGGUGCAUGGACAAGCCCCCAGGGUUAGUUGGGGCUGAUCGUCAGUUCCCAGUACCACAGUCAGUUCCUGCAGCCAUGUUAGCCAGCAACAAGCGGCCGCGGCUCGAAAGCAUCCGACCCCCCAUCCCCAAUGGCCCUGGUAUUCAUGCCAGGCCCUUGGUGGCGCUGCUCGAUGGUCGAGAUUGUGCCAUAGAAAUGCCCAUCUUGAAGGAUGUGGCCACUGUUGCAUUUUGUGAUGCACAGUCAACCUCAGAAAUCCAUGAAAAAGUCCUAAACGAGGCUGUUGGAGCCCUCAUGUGGCAUACCAUCACACUCACCAAGGAGGACCUCGAAAAAUUUAAGGCGCUCAAAGUCAUUGUUCGAAUUGGCAGUGGAAUUGACAAUGUUGAUGUCAAGGCUGCAGGAGAGUUGGGAAUCGCCGUAUGCAACGUCCCAGGAUAUGGCGUGGAAGAGGUCGCAGACACCACCAUGUGCCUGAUUCUAAACCUUUACCGUCGCACAUACUGGUUGGCCAACAUGGUCCGCGAGGGCAAGAAAUUUACGGGUCCCGAGCAGGUGUGGGAGGUUCGAGAGGCAGCCCAGGGAUGUGCUCGGAUACGUGACGACACACUCGGUAUUGUUGGUCUUGGUCGUAUUGGGUCAGCAGUGGCACUAAGAGCAAAAGCAUUUGGGUUCAACGUCACAUUUUAUGAUCCUUACCUAUCAGAUGGCAUAGAAAAAAGUCUGGGCAUAACCAGAGUGUACACACUACAGGAUCUGUUAUACCGGAGUGAUUGUGUAUCACUGCAUUGUUCUUUGAAUGAGCAUAACAACCAUCUUAUUAAUGAUUUCACCAUCAAACAGAUGCGUCCAGGAGCUUUCUUGGUGAACACAGCCCGAGGUGCAUUAGUGGACGAAAAUGCCCUUGCCUCUGCACUAAAGGAAGGAAGAAUCAGAGCUGCAGCUCUCGACGUCCACGAGAAUGAACCAUACAACCCAUUCCAGGGUAAUGCUCUAGCAUUUAGUUCCUUGGCCCAAAGGUCCUUGCGACCUCUGAAGGAUGCACCAAACCUGAUUUGUACCCCACACGCAGCAUAUUAUUCAGAUGCCUCUAGCAAUGAAUUACGAGAAAUGGCUGCAAGUGAAAUUCGUCGUGCAAUAAUAGGUCGCAUACCUGAAGCUCUACGCAACUGUGUAAAUAAAGAAUACUUUAUGAGUAACUACAGUGAAGGUGGUGUAAAUGGCACUGCUCCAUAUUAUGUGCCAGUUCACUCCACAACACAUGACUCAGUACCAAGCGGUCCCCCACCUACCAGCCAUGUGGGAGCAGGCAUAGCACCACCUCCACACUUGCCACCUAAUGUCCCAGUCAGUGGAAGAGCUUCUCCUCAGACUGGACCUCCUGGCCCGCCUGGUCCUCGAGAGUCAACCUCUCCAUAACACAAACUUCCUCCACCUCCAUUGCUACAACUACCAACCUUCCGCUGUGACCACAAGCCAAGAGAGUCAUUCCACCGUGAAAGCUGAGUCAACAUAAUCACAGAUGGCUGCUGCUACACUACUUGGGUGAACCCUUCACCCAUGGAUCGUGCAAAGUCUAUGUACAAAUUUGCCCUCCUUUCCCCCACCCACCCACCCCAUGUUCCUUGAUGUUCUAAGGACCAAGUCCCUCACUCCUCUUAAAAGUGCGAUGGACGCUGCAGACUGAGGAGGUUGAUAGUGAGAGACUAACAAGUUAUUUGCACGAAGGUUUGUACAGCCCAGAUGUUGGGAGGUCAUUGCUGAAAACAUGGCACUGCUUAAUUUUUAUUUUAUUUUUUAUUAUUAUUAAUUUUUUUUUUUUGUUGUUGACUUAUUUUUCCAGUCAUGAUAGACAAGGGGCCAUAUUAGCUACUACAGGCCAUCUCCUGUAAUAGGGCAGAUAGUGUAACUCAGGUUCCAAUCCUCUGUAUGUAUUGAAAAUAUUAAAUCCUAAGAUGAAGGAGAGAUUUUAGGUCGUAGGCUUCCCUGCUCGGAAGAUUAAUGGGUUCAACAUCGCCUGCAUUGUUCUUUUCUGGGUGUAAACACACGAGUGUUACCAAGAGGCAGGAAUUACUUAGUUCUUGAAAUUUAUUGUUUCACUAUUUUACUUUUCUAUAAACAACUAAUUUGAGGCAUGAAGCUCCAAAAAAUUAUCUAAGUAAGCCUGGCUGGAGGACAGACAGCUUAAUCUGGAGAGACAUCUUCCUCGAGUUAUAAACAGGGAACCCUGCAAUAUCCAUCAUACAUAUAUGGUGGCAGUCAUAAUGAAGAAUAAAAUUCUGUAAACUAAAUUGUUUACAAUUAUUUCAUAACUGUAUAUUUUUUUCACUCCAGGAUAGAUUGUUAGAUAUAAGGGAAAAUUUUAUAAUUUGUAUUUUUGUGAUGUUAUCAGUUUGGAUGAUUAUUUGGUUUCUUAAAUAAUGUUAUCAGUUUGAAUGAUUAGUUGGUUUCAAAAAAGGACAGAAAGCAAACUUACGAGCAGCAAGCAUGGAUGUUUGGAUAGUCAUGUUUAUUCAAACCAUGUCCAGGUUCUUGUGUGAUUUCUUUUAAGAGAUCAAUACUUUCUCAAAUAAAUAUUUCAUUCGAGGACCAAAAAGCACCUUAAUAGCUGUCAGGUAGAGACCUCAUUGCUUGAGCGUGGUUUGUAAACAUGGCUAGUGUGAAUGGCGACAGGAUAUUAUCAUUGUUAAGUAAUUAUAAAGGGAGAGAGUUUAAUAUUUGAGUUUUCUCAGUAUUGUUGUCUGUCGUACAAUAAGUAGCACUCGACUCAGUUAUUUGUUACAGAUACACAUUUUCAGUAAGAAUGUUACUUAAAAGUUAAAUAGUGCAGACAACCACAAGCAGGUGGUGCCUCAUCAAGGUGACACAUUUCCAUGACUAACUUAAUUUCAAAGCUUUUUUGCUCAGUGCCAAGUCCUGAAACUUGUAGUCAUUUUAUCUGGCAUUAGUGAGUUGAAGCCUUAAAAUCAAAGGACUUUGUGUACAUAGUAAUGCUAAAAUAAGUCAUCAUUAGCAUAUAGUGUAAAAAGUAAAGCCAUCAGGCAAAUACUCAGUUCAUUGUUAAACAGUUGAGCAGAAAGUAAAUGCUAUAAAUUAUAGCAUCCAGAGAUGGCUUUUCAUCUGUUGCUCCCAAAGUUAUGUUGUACUAUACAACACAGACCCAUAUUUUAAAAUAUUUAACAAGGUCUUUUCAUGAAUCUUUUGAAAUUCAAAAGUCAUGUUCCUAAAUGAAGUUGCACAGGGAUAUUGUGCAAAUGUAAAGAUUUUUGUAAAAAUUACUAGUUACUUGGAUCUUAGUUGUCAAUAAAAGACACCCUGGUU